AUGGCGGCGGUGCGCGAGGAGAGCUGUGCCGCAGGAGAGGCAGCGGUGCUGGUGCUGGUGGCUGCACUGUGGGGCGGCACGGGGCCGUUCCUGCGGACGGGAGCAGCGGGGCUGGAGGACGUGCAGCGCCAGGGCCGCCUACAGCAGCUGCUGGCCGAGAUCAGCUUCCUGGGCCUCAACUACAAGUACAUGGUGCCAUUUCUGCUGAACCAAUGUGGAUCACUCCUCUUCUACCUCACCUUGGCAUCUGCAGAACUGUCCCUGGCAGUGCCACUCUGUAACUCCCUGGCUCUGAUAGUCACACUGGUGACUGGAAGGAUUCUGGGAGAGGACAUUGGUGGUAAAAGGGCCGUGGCAGGGAUGCUGCUCACCCUCCUGGGAGUCACUCUCUGUGUAGCUGGUUCAUGACCAAGGCACAGUGAGCAGAGGAAACUCUUCAAAGGUAACCCAUGGCCGAAGAGGGGAGCUUCUGGCUCAGCAGCAACAUGUUUGGCUCAGCUUCCUCAAGAAAGCUGUUCUGACACAUGGCUGUCUGAAAGCAUGAAUCAAAUUCCCUGAGAACCAGAGUGGAACAAGGCAUGUUGCAAGGACAUUCUAUUUAAUGUCUUCAGUUAAGGAUGGUUUUUUUUCUGUGGGUGGUUCAAGGCAGGGAUGAUUGAAUUGCCUUGUUCAGUACUGGAGGGGUAAUAAUUGGUUAAUAAAUCAUUGAAAUGAA